AGCACGUCGUGAGUCUCUAUAGAGGAUUGUAUUUUUCCUAUAGCCUAAUGCCUCAUCCUGCAUUCAUUCUAAUUAAAUAUUUACACAGUGGAACAAUAUAACAGCCUAUUAAUACUGUUUCCAGCUCCUGUUUGUGAGCACAUGAUGUUUACACCAUGGCUUCUCCUCUCAGACUAGCCUUUCAGACUUUUUUCCAAAUCUAAUAUACCCAUCCAUAAAUAGCUCACCUAUCCAGCCCAUAUUUGGCAUGAGUGACGUGGCACCAGAGCCAAUCCGGCGCGCUGAAUCCGUCUAACCCCGCCUCUCCAUGCUCCACCUCCUCACUAAUGACUACUCCGCCGCCCAUUUGCCUUAAAUGGACAAGCAGGGGAGUUGAUUGACAAACCAAACGACGCCCCUUCGUUUACCAAGCCCCUCCCCUCCUCCGGCUCCCUAUCAGUGUCUAUUUUGGCAACACGGAUACGCAUGGAGCCUCCAUCACCUCCAGUCUCUUUUACGCACCGACUCCGAUAAUGCGCGCAGGUACAGGGAGCCUAACCGCCACGUUUCCAGCUGCUACACCGAGCAAUUAAUCUCCUCUUCUGGACUAAUAUGAAAGAAGUGGAUGUAGAGGUCUGACACAGCCAAGAAAGGAGGCAUAUUUCUUGUGGAUCAUCCUUGUUUUCCAUCACCGAGCGUCAGCAUGGAUGUCUUGGCGAACCACAGUAUCUUUCAGGAACUUCAGCUCGUUCACGACACCGGCUACUUCUCUGCCAUGCCGUCGCUGGAGGAAAACUGGCAGCAGACCUGCCUAGAACUGGAGCGCUAUCUGCAGACGGAGCCCAAGCGUCUGUCCGAACUCUUCGACCAAGACCUGGAUGGUCUCCUAACCCCGGCCUACCUGAAGGAGGAUGGCGAGGAAGAGCUGACGGAUGCUCUGCUGCCCAGCCUGCCCAGCCUCCCCGAGCCUCCCAGCCCACCUCCAGUGAUCCUCUGCCCAACGCGGAAGAACAUCCCCUCCACUGGUGCAAUGAAAAGGGACCUCAAACCCAAAAGCCAGGGGCUGGAAAACGUAGAAGGCAUGGAGGGAGUCCACCAGGCCCAGCUGAGCGCCGUCACCUCCCUGACACCCCCGUCGUCACCGGAACUGGGCCGCCACCUCGUCAAGCCCAACCAGACGCUGACGGCCUCGGCCGAUGGGACGCUCACCCUGAAGCUGGUGGCCAGGAAGGUGGGGCUCAGCGCGGCCCGGUUGGUGGCAGCGCAUGCCCUCCCUGUGCGGGUGAAGGAUGAAGAGGAAGGGGCUGCGUGUGUGAUCGGGGUUGGGGAGCUACCAGAGAACAAGAAGAGGAUUCACCGCUGUCAGUUCAACGGCUGCAGGAAGGUGUACACCAAGAGCUCCCACCUAAAGGCCCAUCAGAGGACACACACAGGUGAGAAACCGUACAAGUGCUCGUGGGAGGGCUGCGAGUGGCGAUUCGCCCGGAGCGACGAGCUGACGAGGCACUACCGCAAACACACCGGCGCCAAGCCUUUUAAGUGCAACCACUGUGACAGGUGUUUCUCGCGGUCGGAUCACUUGGCGCUACACAUGAAGAGGCACAUCUGAGGGACUGGAGAGAGGUCAGCGGGAGUGGAAGAGAGGGGGGAGGGAAGAGGAUGGAGAGGCGGAGAGGAGGGGGAAAAAAACUGAAAAAUAACACCUUGGAUGUGCGAGAGAGAGAGAGAGAGAGAGAGAGACAGCGGGAUGGAGUCAAGACACUGGGUUUGGUCAUUCUGGGCUGGAGGGAGAGGCACCACACAGGGACGCUGACUACAGACACGCAGCACGCAGACCCAUCCUAAGUGGCUCUGUUUAAUCUGUGCUCUACCAGUUGGUCCAUGAUUCCACUAUGACACGUCCUCACCUCGCAAAUGUCUCCGGGCUGUUUGUCACGAGGACGAUACAGACGCUCCGUCCCACCCUUCGUAUGUGUCUCAGAGGGGAUGUCACAUGAUGAAUGGUGGACCGCGUGCCUGUAGUUGGCAGCUCUUUGUUUCAGUCGCCCUUGCAGUCUUUGCAAUCAGCUGAAACGCUUCCAAAAAAAAGAAAAAAUUGAAAAAAAAAAUGAAAAAAAAAACGCCAGCCCUGGUCAUGCAGCAGUGCUCCACAUGCCAGCAGGUACACCAACGCCAGACUGGACCAGUUGUACAGUGAUUUUAGUGUGCUAACUGCAGAACUGCUGUUUGUAUAUUCAAGAGUUCCUCCUCUUAGAGCAGUUCUUUUCCGACAGUAGCUUAACGGCAUCAUCUCACAGGAUAAGCAAGCAAGCGAGAAAGCUGGCGUUCACUCAGCCUUUACAAUACGCCAAAGGGUUUAUUAUCUUAUAUACAGGACAGACAAUAAUUUGACCUCUGUCACAUCUGCCAACUGGAUCCAUUUAUAAAUCCUUCUGGUUCGAUGGCAUCGGAGCACUUGUUUGAACGGAGCAUUAGAUUGGAUUUCCCGAAGACUUGAAGAUGGGAGUGUGUUGCACUGAUGUAGUGUGAAGACUGAUUGAGGUCAUGCAGGGGGCCGGCUUGCUUUAUGAACAUCCAUCCAUUGAGCGCUACCACUGGAUGAGGCUAACUAAUCUACUCUGGGAAAGACUGUUCAUCUCCCAGACUGUCAGCUGAAGCCGAGCGUCUCGAGAGAUGCUGGAUGGCUCCUGAGGGCGUUUUUUUCCUCUCCGGGAUCUUGGCUCUUACGAGUUAUGUUAGAAAACUGUUGCACAAUUGACUCUUUGCAAAACUUUUUGUAAAAAAAAAAAAAAAAAUGCCCCACCGUCUUGAACUGGGAGACAGUUUGGGACUCACCGAACGCUGGCUUUCACGCGCCGAACGGGGCGUGGACAGCCAAAUGCACAAGUCCAAGCAGCUAGCUGACUGCGAUAGCACACUGAACGCAAAUGAGAUCACUAUGUAUGUAAAGGCUAUAUUGUUUCUAAGAAAAGAUUCUCCUAUUUGUUCAACAAAAACAAUUGAAGAACACAUUGGAAAUGGAUGCAGCCAAAAAAAAAAACCCACAAAUGUCUACUGUAGGUGCCUGAAAUGAUCUCUUUGGCCUUUGAGAGUGAUUGGCACCGAACUAGACUCUGGUUUUGCCCUGUUCGCACCACCCAUGCAGAACUUUUUCCGAUUUUGCAGCUCUCAGACUUCAUUUCAGAGAAAAGCAGCACUCAACAUCUCUAAUCUGGCCCUAUGCAUAUCUAAAAAAAAAAAACAAAAACAUUUCUGCUGACUUCCUGACCCUACAUGUUCGUCUGAAUGCAGAUUUCUACCCUGCUGGACGCGGAAGGCCUCACAGGAAGACACACGACACAAAUUCAAUCAAUUUGGGUGGCUCUUCUCAGAGCGGAUCAAUGUGAAUGUAUCUGUUGUAAGUCUGUACAUGUUGCUGGGCCCGUGAAAACACUUGAGUGUGGCUGGUAAGAUCAUACCAGACACCAUUUGUGUUCAUAGUUUCUGUUUUUCACAUUACAAACGAAAAGGUUGGACUUAGAGUAACUAGCUAGCCGCAGGUGGUAGCUUUAGGCAUUUUACAGGUCGUACCGGACUACUGGGGGGGGGGGGGGGGGGUCGUGGGCGCAGAUUUCCACCAGGUGGCUGAAGUAGGUUAGGAAGGGGAUGCGGAUCUGCUCAGUCACCAAUGAUAACUGCCCCAUUAGCUCUUGAAUCUGCAGUGGAGUGAAACCCGCAUGCACACAAUGCAACAUAUACACACUCCAGCAAAACCGGAAUCAACAUUUCUCCUUGGUCCUCGUCCGAUAGAAGAAAGAAAAAAAAGAAGAAAAGAUGCAUAAAAAUCUUGCUUUUUGCCACAUUACACAGAAAGUGUUGAAUCUUUAAUAAACAAGUGAAUUUUGCGGCUCAACUCAAGCGCACAGCUACAUCAAGGUGUUAAUUCCUUUACUUUUUAAUACUUUGAGGCAAAGUGAAGCGCACGGCAAUCUGCUUCUUGGCAAGGGAUACACAAAAUUGAUUUCACUCUGUACACCAGAGGCACAUUUCAAUUUGCAGUAUGAAUGCAGACCAGCUCAGUCAUAUCUGUCUGCAGCUCUGGAGGUAGAUAUUGAAUCGACACUUUCUUUCUUAAUGUGCAGAAAACAACAAUUAAUAACACUCAGCAUCGAGAUGACAGGCCUCUAUGUGCAAAGAGAGGAAGGAGUGACCACAAUAGAAACCAACUGAUACAAAGUUUAUCUGCCGGGAGACCAAAAAAACUCAUCAUCCAUCCACUACUUGUCAUUAAUAAAAGUCAUACAGGCGACAAACAUUUCAGAUUUGGUUCGUAGAUCUUGAAAUAUCCAUUUCGGAUUGGGAAUGUCAGAGCAGGUUAGCGGGUUUGUGUUUUCCCUGCUCAGCCCGACUCUCAACGCGGACAGAUAAAAUGAAGACUAGCAGUUUAACCCAUGGGUUAAAAUUGUAUCACCAAUGGCAGCUCUACUUGUGUGUUUCAGUAUUUCAAUGGGACGCUCUCCUGUUGAACUGAACUGUUGUGAAUGUGUGGGAAUGUGCGGCUCUGGAGUGUUAUGUUUUUUCUCCAUGUUCUGUACCAAUCAUAGACAGCUGAGGAUUUAAAGGAGCCAAGACGCGGAAAUAUCCCAAUCACAGGACCGCUUCAAAUCCGGUCCCCGACUCUUCUUCGUGACUUGACAUAAACAAAAUAGUUCUGUGUGUGUAUGUGUACGCUGGGAGGCUCAUAAAGUGUGUGGGGGGGAGGGGGGGGGGGAUUUCCAAAUGUGAAUGUGCUUUCUGGAAAGGUUGUUUCAUGUUGUCGCCAAGGUUGCGGUUCAGUUUUCGUGUCAUCUUAAUGAAUGAUUGUCAAUUCUGCUGUGCCUGUGUGUUCUUCGUCUCUUUGUAUUUGCACUCUGAAUUUUUGGAAAUAUCACUUGCAUAUCUGAUGUUUUCUGUCCGCUUACACGCCACAUGCACGACGACCCCGGGUGAUGAAACACUGAUCGCAGAGUCUGUAUAGUAGCCGUUUUCUAGCACAGGUGUGCACGCUCAUCCAUACAUGUUACAUAGACUCACACACGGUACAGACACACAAACAUACCUACACAAACUACAUGCAUGCAGACAUAGACUCAUACAUAUAAGCGCGUGCUCAAAAAACAUAUAAAUUCAUACAUGUGUGCACAACAUCAAACAACAUACAUACUCACAGAUGCACACACACACACACACACACACACACACACACACACUUCUUCUCUGUUCUCCUUGUGUGUUUUUCACCAUUUUUCAUGCCACCUUGUGAGAGUCAGAGAUCCAGACUGCAGCUCUUGCUCUCAGCAGAGGGUGUGUGUGUGUGUAUGCAUGUGUGUGUGUGUGUGUGUGUGUGUGUGUGUGUGUGUGUGUGGAGGUGGGGUGGGUGGGGGCACGCAUUACUAUGUGUGACACCACCUCUGUUUCCACUAGGUCUGAAUUUCAAAUCAAACGCACCCCCUUUUUCUACCAGCAUUCCCUCAUCGCUUCCCCUUCCCUCUCUUCCAUUUUCUCAGAUAUGAUCCUUUUCAACUCCUCUGUCCGAGCCCCGCCCCCACCCACCCGCCCGCCCGGCCCCAUCCUCCACCACCAUCACCUCCUCUCUUCCCCUCCCUCCCUUAACCCCCUUCUCCACCUUUUUCCUCCGUUGUCUUUCUCCUUUUCUUUCCGCUGUACAAAGUGUUUCAAAUUUAUCAUUUGUAUAUUAUGAUGUAUGGGUACGAUAAUGUUCUUUAUUAUGGAAAAAUGAGAAAGAUUUAUUUUUGUUACCGGUUUGUUUCAUAAUUCUUUUUUAAAUUGGUAUUGUAAUAUCUCUAUGCAAGGAACUGUUCGGUGAAUCGUUUUUAUUUAAGAAUGUAAUUAUGUGUAAUAAAUGGUAGAAGCAG